AUGGAUAAUCAAAGAGUAAUCUACUCUGAAAUGAAUCUGGCCAAAAAUUCAAAGAGGAAGCGAAGGAAAUCUAAGGACACCAAAAGCUCCAUUUCAGAAACCGAACAGGAAAUAACCUAUGUGGAAUUAAACCUUCAAAAUGCUGCUCAGGAUCUUCCAGGGAAUGACAAAUAUUACCAGUGCAAAGAUUUACUGUUUACUCCAGAGAAGCUCAUCGCUGGGAUCCUGGGAAUUAUCUGUCUUGUGGUAACAACAGGUAUCAUUACCUGUAAUCUUUCCUUAGCAUAUCAUUGUGGUCGUUGUCCAGAGGAGUGGUUCACAUACUCCACCAAUUGUUAUUACAUUAGCAAGGAAUUGAAAACUUGGGAUGAGAGUGUGACGGCCUGUGCUUCUAACAACUCUAAUCUGCUUUACAUAGAUAAUGAAGAAGAAAUG